CGGCUGUCGCUCAUUCCCGGUGUCCCGUUCCCGGCUGUCGCUCAGUCCCGGGAUCCCAGCCAGGCUGGCUCAGGCCGGGGCAGCCCCAGCGGUGUCCCCUUCCCUGGGGACAUCCCGGCCCGGCGGUGUCACCUGGGGGCGCUGCUGGCCCAGGGCUUGGCCCCGCGUUUCGGGAUUAUUUCGGGAUGAUCCCGAUCCCGAUCCCUGCCCUGGCCCCUCCCAGGUGGGCCGACAACUUCAGCGCUCCCGGCUGCGAUGGGACGGCGGAGCACAAAUUCCAGCACCCCUUCCUGCAGGCCGCCGGGAUGUUCCUGGGGGAGCUUUCCUGCCUCCCGGUGUUCCACCUGCUGCUCCUGCGGGAUCGGCGCCGCGCGGCUCCGGCCCCGGCCCCGGCCCCAUCCCGACCCUUCCACCCGCUGCUGUUCCUGCCCCCGGCCCUGUGCGACAUGGCGGGCACCAGCAUCAUGUACGUGGCGUUGAACAUGACCAGCGCCUCCAGCUUCCAGAUGCUGCGGGGCUCCCUCAUCAUCUUCACCGGGCUCCUCUCCGUGGCGUUCCUGGGCCGGCGGCUGGAGUGGAGCCACUGGUCGGGAAUUCUGCUCACCAUCCUGGGGCUGGCGCUGGUGGGGCUGGCGGAUCUGCGCGGCAGCGGCGGCACCGAGCACGGGCUGGCCGACGUCGUCACGGGUAUCCCGGGAAUGCCGGGGCACCGGGACACGGGCUGGCAUCAUGGGUAUUCCGGGAAUGCCAGGGCACUGGGACACGGGCUGACACUCUGGGAAUGUCGGGAAUGCCGGAGCACUGGGACACGGGCUGGUAUCCUGGGAAUGCCAGGGCACUGGGACACAGGUGACCUCCUGAUCCUGCUGGCCCAAGGCAUCGUGUCCAUCCAGAUGGUGCUGGAGGAGAAAUUCAUCUUCAGCCACGACGUCCACCCGCUGCGCGCCGUGGGCACCGAAGGUCUCUUCGGCUUCUCCAUCCUGGCGCUGCUGCUGGCGCCGCUGUCCUUCAUCCCGGCGGGCCGGCUCUCCGGGAACCCGCGCGGCGCGCUGGAGGAUCCCGCGGACGCCUGGUGCCAGAUCCGCCGGGAUCCCCGGAUCCUGGCGCCGCUGCUGGCCAACGUGGGCAGCAUCUCCUUCUUCAACUUCGCGGGGCUCAGCGUGACGCGGGAGCUGAGCGCGACCACGCGCACGGUGCUGGACAGCCUGCGCACGCUGCUGGUCUGGGCGCUCAGCCUGGCGCUCAGCUGGGAGCACUUCCACGCCCUCCAGAUCCCGGGGUUCGCCCUGCUCCUGGCCGGAGCCGCGCUCUACAACGGCCUGCACCGCGCCCUGCGCCGCGCCGGGAAUAACGGGGACACCGGGAAUAAUAACGGGGACAGCGGGAAUAGCGGGGACAGCGGCCAGGAGAGGGAAGCGCUGCUGGGAGGGGAUGGGGACGGUGACAACAGCCAGGGAUGAGCGGAGGUUCCUUGGGAUCGGCGUGGCGCGGAGUGGGAUUGGGAAUUGUCCCCGCAGGGAAUGUCGGCCAGGGGUGGAGAGGCUGUGCCGGCUCUUCCCGCUGGGAUACGGACCCACAGCCAGCUGUGCUGGAGCCUCUGCCCCAUUCCCAGAGGAUUGGGAUUGGGAUUGGGGCCACAGCCAGCUCUCCUGAGCCUCUGCCCCAUUCCCUUGGGAUUGGGAUUGGGAUUGGGGCCACAGCCAGCUCUCCUGAGCCUCUGCCCGAUUCCCUUGGGAUUGGGA